GGAUCCUGGCCCGGGGGGUUUCCAUCGCCCCAAAGCAGGCUCUCCUGGGCCACGUUUGGAGGCGUAGUUUUGGCGAGGUGCAGCGUGCACCGCUUUACCCCGCACCAUGGAUGCUGUGGAACUUGCCAGAAAGCUGCAGGAGGAGGCCACGUGCUCCAUCUGUCUUGACUACUUCACAGACCCCGUGAUGACCACCUGUGGUCACAAUUUCUGCCGAGAGUGCAUCCAGCUGACCUGGGAGAAGGCCAAAGGCCAGAAAAAGAGGAGAAAGCGGAAGGGCUCCUUUCCCUGCCCUGAGUGCCGCGAGCUGUCCCCCCAGAGGAACCUGCGGCCCAACCGUCUGCUGACCAAGGUGGCCGAGAUGGUGCGGCAACACCCCAGCCUGCAGAGCAGGGACCUGUGCAAGGCGCACCAAGAGCUGCUCAAACUCUUCUGCGAGGAUGACCAGAGGCCCAUCUGCAUCAUCUGCAGGGAGUCCCAGGAACACCGGCCCCACAGAGUGGUCCCUAUCGAGGAGGCCGUGCAAGAGUACAAGUUGAAGCUGGAGGAGGACAUGGAGUACCUUCGAGAGGAGAUGAUGAAGACUGGAGAGCUGCAGGCCAAGGAGGAACAGACCUUGGCCGAGUGGCAGGAGAAGGUGAAGGAGCGGAGGGAGCGCAUCAUGGUCGAGUUUGAGAAGAUGGGCCUCUUCCUGAUGGAGGAGAAGCAGCACCUGCUCCAGGCCCUGAAGGAGGAGGAGGAGGAGACAGUGGCAGAGCUGCAGAAGAGCGCUGACUCGCUGAAGCAGCAGAGUCACUCCUUAGAGAGGCUGCUCCUGCAGCUGGAGGACAGCAAUGAGCACACUCCGCUCCAGAUGCUGCAGGAUAUGAAAGGCCUCCUCAGCAGGAAGAGCAGCCUGAGUGUGCAGUACCCAGAGGCUACCUCCAUCAUGCUGAAGACCAUCUGUAGGGUCCCAGGGCAGAUAGAGGUCCUCAAGAGUUUCCAAGAGGAUGUGGUGCCCGACCCCUCCACGGCAUACCCCUACCUCUUCUUGUAUGAGAGCCGCCAGAGGUGCUACCUGAGCACCCCGAUGGAUGGCGCACCCCAUGGCAAGGACAGGUUCCUCGCCUAUCCCUGUGCGGUUGGCCAAGAGACCUUCUCCUCGGGGAGGCACUACUGGGAGGUGGGCAUGAACCUCACCGGUGAUGCCCUGUGGGCCCUGGGCGUGUGCAGGGACAACGUGAGCCGGAGGAACAGGGUCCCCAAGUCCCCAGAAAAUGGGUUCUGGGUGGUGCAGCUAUGCAAGGGAAAGAGGUACACACCUGCCACGUCUCCCCCAACUCCCGUCACACUGACCGAGCCUCCGAGCCACAUGGGCAUCUUCCUGGAUUUUGAAGCUGGAGAGGUGUCCUUCUACAAUGUGAACAAUGGGUCCCACCUGCAUACCUACUCUCAGCCUGCCUUCCCUGGCCCCCUGCAGCCCUUCUUCUGCCUUGGGGCCCCCAAAUCAGGCCAGAUGGUCAUCUCUACAGUGACUCUGUGGGUGAAGGGAUAGGGGCGCAGGCUGGUGGAGCCUGGGCAACCCUCCUUUCUCCAGAAGGUGAGGUGGUCCCGCUCAGCAAGGCCCACCUGCCCAGCUUAUGGCAAAUGAGGCAUUUGCAAGCCAUCGGCUGUGCAGGCUGGUUUUACAAAGUGGAAAUAUAACCAUGAUUAAAGCAGUUAAACA